AUGAUUGCUAUUACUACAACUGUUGCCUCUGCUAGCAUUACACAACUGAAAAGAAUCAUGAACAUAACACAUUCCUGCAACCCGUUUGAAGCCCAAGGAGAGGCAGCCUCGCUAACGCCACAGGGAGGAGAACAUAGGCCUUCGGCGAGCCUCUCCGCUGGAAACAAAAGGCCCAUUGAAAACCUUAUGAAAAGCAGAUCGUUUUACAAAGGAUCUGAUCCUGUCCUUGCAUCGGCUUCCCCCGUCACAGGUCGGGUAUAUGUUCCCGGUCGGAGGGUCGGCAGCGCAGUGCCACGCGGACCGAGAGUGGAGGAGGACGUCGUUUUAGCUCCGUCGCUCUUGUAUACUGUGGUCGCUUUGUCGCACUUGAUUGUCAUGCGUUGGCUCCUAGUGGUGGCGUUGGUGUGUGUGGCGGCGUCAGGGGCGCUGGGGAGGCCGUCCUUGUCCUCCCCCGCCUUCGAGACCCGCGGGAGGAGGUCGCUCGUGUCCUCGUACUUGGGGAAGCACGCAGACAAGGUGCCAGCUGUGUCGCCCUCCAGCAUCGAGGAGGAGGAGGAGGGAAGUGGAGCUGUCGAUCCCCAAACCGCAGUGACGUCUGUGGUCGAGGAGAGUCUGGUCGCCCCGGGUAGCAUUGCAGAAGAGGAGGACGAUGGCGACGAUCCAGAUAACGACAGCCAAGAGGACGACUCGGACGACAGCGACAAGGAAAGUCUGCUUGUGACGCGCGACGCUCAAGGAGGGGCUGCCACGGAGGAAGAUGAGGCUGCGGACGACCACGCGCCGUUCGUGGGGACACACACAGACGCAGCAGAACCCGAGGCCCAGCCUGAACCGAAGACUGAACCAGAACCUGAAGCGAAGUCAGAACCCGAACCAGAACCUGAAGCCUCGCCAGAACCAGAACCUGAAGCCACAUCCGAACCUGAACCCGAGCCAAAAUCGGAGGUUCAGCUGGAACCUGAACCUGAAGCAGAACCAAAAGCUGCACCGGAGCCAGAACCCGAAAUUGCACCAGAGCCAGAGCCAAAGACGGAGGCCGAAGAAAAUGCCCAAAUAAAGAAAGGCGGUGCGAAGGCGGCCAAAUCAGAAUCCGCAGCAGCUCAACCUAAAUCCAUGUCCUCUCACAGAAUGGCCGUAAAUGCCAAGUCUGAAGCAGAAUCUGAAACUAAAUUGGACCUUCAGGAUGUAUCCGAACCGGCCCCUAAGGCCAAGGAAGAGACAGAUGCUAAGGAUGAACCUGAAGCCGAUAAGACCAUGGUAGAAACUGAAGCAGAAACAUCCUCAGAAGAGACUCACGAAACCGAGUCCACUCCAGACACCACGACAGAAUCAGGAUCCAAAGGCCAGCAAAAACAGCAAAAUAAAGCAACGGGAGAAAAUUCCAAAAUCACGUCGGAAGAUGAUUCUCUGCCCAAUAUGGAUAACGAGUCCGAGGACAAAUCCAAAGUCUUGACAGAAAGAAAUGCAGAACUCAAAGCCGAUGGAGAUGAUGAAGAGGGAUCAGAUAUGCUCACGGAUGGGAAAGCAAGGAUGGAAACCUUUGAGGACAAUGACAUAGAAACGGCCAACAUGCAGGCAAUUCUCGAGAUGGAAAAGCAAUUCAACGAGACAGAAGAGAGUGAAGAACAACAAGAGGAAGAGCCACGAGCAACAGGUACACCUCCGAGCGUAAUCUCUGGUGAUGUAAUGGACAACAUCUACUUAAGAACUGCUGACUCAAGUGAAGAGAAGAGUGAUGGUGGUGAUAGUGAGGAGGCAGGUAGUGGAGAAAACAAAGAAGCGAUGGAUGACGACAAGGCCAUUGAUGAUGAGAAGGAUGACAGUGUCAUGGAAGGUGAAAAGGAAAAAGGAGAAAACGAAUUAAAGGCACAAGAAAGCAAUAUGGGGAAAGCAAUGCAUACGGCGGACGAUACACCCAAAUCUGACAUGACAAACGAAAAAGAGGAAAAGGCUAACUCGGAGGAGAAGGACGAAGAAGAAGAAGAAGAGGAGGAGGAGGACGAGGAGGAGAGUACUGACUCCCCUGCUCAUUCUGAAGAUGAGGUACAUAAAGAAGAAAAUGAAAAUGUCGAACAUAUGGAAGUGAGAGUGGGUACGAAUGUGGUGGUUGAUGAUAAAGAAUCUCCCAUAACAGAAAUGGAAGACAAAGAGGCAGACAAGAAUGAGAUUGAGAAAUCAGAAGUCAAGACAGAACACUCUCCUAUCCACUCUCCAACUAAUCUAAUCCACUCGGAAGUGGAUCUGGAAGCCACACUUGAAAACGAGAAGGCGAGUGAUCCCAAAGAGGAAAAUGGACAGAAAAUGGAAAGAGAAAGCAACAAGCAAGAAUCAACAGUCAAGACGGAAACCCACAGUCCUAUCCACUCUCCAACCAACUUGAUCCAUUCUGAGGUAGACCUCGAAGCCACCCUCAAGAACAAGAUAAGUGUUUCAAAGCAAGACGGAGGAAAAAUGGAAGAGGAAGAAGGACCUGCAACAGAACCAGAGCACGCAAAAGAAGCAGAAGCUCCGAUGGAAUCAGAUUCAAAAACGGAAGAGCCAGAACAGAACACAGAAUCUAUGGAGCAAGUAGAGGAAUCCAUAGAACAAGAUAAACGGUCUGAGGUUGAGUCACAGGCCCCCACAGAAACAGAAACUGAAGUACAUGAUAACCCUAAAAUGAGCAAAGAUAAAAUGACUGCUGAUAAUAGCGUUACAGACGAGUCUCCUAAAGCAAAGUCAAUGUCCAGUGGAGGAGCCAGCAAUAAGGUAAUGGACGAUAGUGAGAUGGCUGAACCUGAGCCUAAAGUGGAGGUUGAACCCGAACCUGAACCUGAAGUUAGGGCAGAGGCAGAGGCUGAGCCAAAAGCUGAGGCAGAGCCUGAGCCAAAAGCUGAGGCAGAGCCUGAGCCAAAAGCUGAGGCAGAGCCUGAGCCAAAAGCUGAGGCAGAGCCUGAGCCAAAAGCUGAGGCUGAACCUGAACCCAAGACAGAAGCUGAACCAGAGCCAGAAGCUGAGGCUGAACCUGAACCUGAAGCAGAAGCUGAACCUGUACCAAAAACAGAGGCAGAGUUUGAACCCAUGGCUGAGACUAAACCCAAAAUGAAAACUGAAGCUAACUCCAAAAAACAGGAAGGCAAAACUGACGUAAAAGCUGAUCUUGAAACGAAAUCCGAAGCAGAAUCCAAAGCAGAGACUGUUCCUGAACCCGAAGUGGAAUCCGAACCACAUGCUGAGCCAGGAACAGAAGCCUCCAGAGCCACAGUAGAAGAUGCUUCUUCAACUCACAAGGACGAAGAAACAGCCACAGAACACGAAAUGAAUGAAGAAACUCUACUCACGACAAAGGAGACUCAGGCUGAAACGCAGGAAAAGCCAGGAGUAGAAGACUCAUCUGACAGUGAAAUGAAGGACAAAAAGACUCCACCAGCAUCAGCAGAUGUUAACUCGCCCGAAGGACUUGGGGAACAGGAAUCACAGGAAAUGCUGACCCUGAGAGACUUGGUCCUCACGACGAUGUCCGGCCUUCCGAAUGACCCAAGGAGACCUAGCGUCACCACAGCAAAGCCACCAAAAGAGGUCAAAGUUCUUAAAGAAAAACCAACAAGUACCACAGUCUCUCCCAUCGCCGUCAAAGUCAACAGUAUGCAUCCCCACGAUGCAAAUCCCAAAGGUGAUGGUAAAGAAUAAAAGGGUUUAAUAAAAAUCCCCAAAUUAUCUAUAUGAUAAGGCUUAUCACAGAUUGUUUAUGCUGCAAUUUCAAAGAGUUCUCUUCCUCCCUGUGCUCUUGGGGGUUUGCUCAACAAAAGAUUCACAAAACAGAGUCAAACUUAAACGAGGGCCUCUGUGUAAUACCAAGUUUUAUUGUAUGUCUACUUUUCAUUUUACAAUCACCUUUCCUUAUCUCUGUAUAUGAAAGAGAAAAGUAGUAUUAGUUAGAGUUGAAAUUCAGUAUGAUUGCGUAGACAUACCAUCAAAGUAAGUCACACAUCAGUAAUAGAGGCUAUGAGAGAGCAAACAAACAAAUUACAACCUAUAUUUAUAGCAUUGGUACUUCUACUUCAGAUAAUUAUCAGUCAUGUACAGUAUUGCAGAACAUAACCUCUGUUUAGAUACACUGAAUAUGUAUUGUUGUAUUCCUAAUUUUCAUGACCUCUUUGGAAAGUAAAAAAAAUCAACAUAGUGUACGCUGGGGAGGAGAGCCAGUAAGAUAUACAUAUUCCAGUACAUUCUAAACUAUCAGUUGAUUGCAGUUAAUGAAAUAUUAUGUAUAUUAUUUUUUGGCAGACUUAUGAAUUGUCAGAAUGGAAAACAUAUAUAGCAGUCUGCAUCUUGUUAGUCAUAUAGAUGAAAUUCACUUGGCUAUGAAACAUCAUCAAAUCCUGUAUGUGUAGUUCAAGAUUUUGUAGUCUAAUCUGAAUAUAAAAACAUAUAUAUACACAUAUAUACAUAUAUAUAUAUAUAUAUAUAUAUAUAUAUAUAUAUAUAUAUACAUACAUAUAAAUAUAUAACACAAUAAGACGAAGUAAAAAAAAUGUUCCGUUUAAGGAAUGAAAGCAAGUUGCAGGCUGUAUGUUUAGUGUUCUGAAGAGGGGAUCUGUGUACAUAGGUUUUAUCAUUCACCUAAAUAGCUAGUAGGUCCUAAUACUCUGGUGAACAUUAUUUUUACAAAGAAAUCUCAUAACACAACAAGAGUUUUUAAAAGAGAAAGAGAAAAUAAUGUCAAGUGCAUUGUGAUUUCCCAGGAGUCUGCAAAUCUGUAAAAAGACAAUCUCCUUUGUCAAAGAAUUAUUACCGCUGAUCAUCUUUGACAAACAAGAAAAAAUCUCAAGAUGUAUAUGGUAUUAUAUAUUCCUCUGUGUUUGAACCAUUCCAUUUUAUUUCCUGUGACAUGGUGAUGUAAUAAUAUCACUAUUCUUUUAGACAGAUUUAAAGACUUUUGUAGUUGUCGAUCUUCACAAAUAUAGCAAUAAUGCAGUUGAAGGUUUGCAUGUAGCAAGAUUAAGUCUUUUUAUUUAUAGUAGGAAACAGGAUGUCCCAAAAUCAGUGUUUGCAUUAAUCUUCAUAGUGUGGGAUGCAUGUUCAAACCUAUUUAUAUUCACAAUUUUCUAAUAAAAUCCACAGAAUAUCA